GCCAACAAAUUCCUCAAAUCGGUUCGUCCCCUCAAGAGCUUUGAUAAAAUCACAGAAACGAGGCCUCCUUUGGUGGAUUCGAUUCGCGCGCGUGCACACACAAACACACCUCAACAGCGACGUGGCCUUUCUUCUCCCAAUUCCCCCUGCCUGCCCCCAGCGCGGCUAUAUAACCUGCCAUCUUUUCCUCCCAGCCUCACACCAAGAACCACACAUCAAUCGACUAGAGUGAGUCCUUUUGGUUAGUUUGGACUUUGGAGAGAGCUUGAUUUGGUGAUGAGGAAGCAGCAGGGUUUAAGCGGCGGCGGCGCCGAUGAUGGGCAGUGGGACAAAUGGGUGGACGACUCCUCCGUCAGCUACCGCGGCCGCGUGCCCCUCCGCACCGCCACCGGCUCGUGGAGGGCCGCCAUGUUCAUCAUCCUGAUUGAGUUCAGCGAGCGGCUGAGCUACUUCGGCAUCGCCACCAGCCUCAUGAUCUACCUCACCAAGGUGCUGCACCAGGACAUGAAGGUCGCCGCCGUGAACGCCCAGUACUGGAUGAGCGUCACCACCCUCAUGCCGCUCCUCGGCGGAUUCCUCGCCGACGCCUACCUCGGCCGCUUCCGCACCGUGCUCCUCUCCACCGUCGUUUACCUACUUGGCCUCGUCCUGCUCGCCCUGGCGCAGCUGGCGCCGGGACUGAGGCCGAGUGGCGCCUCGGUGCCGCGGGUCCACGAGACGCUCUUCUUCGUCGGGAUCUACCUCGUGUCCGUCGGCACCGGCGGCCACAAGCCGGCGCUCGAGAGCUUCGGCGCCGACCAGUUCGACGACAACCACGCCGGGGAGCGGCUGCAGAAGAUGUCCUACUUCAACUGGUGGAACUGCGCGCUCUGCUCCGGGGUGCUGCUUGGGGUCACCGUCGUCGUCUACAUCCAGGAGCGGGUCGGAUGGGGCGCCGCCACCGUGCUCCUCGCUGCCGUUAUGGGCUGCUCCCUCGUCGUCUACCUCGCGGGGUGGCGGACCUACCGGUACAGGAUGCCGCAGGGCAGCCCCCUCACGCCGCUGCUGAAGGUUGCCGUGGCCGCGGUCAUGAAGCGGCGCCUUCAGCUGCCAGCCGACUCCGGCGAGCUGUACGAGGAGGACGACCACAAGAAGAAGCCGCUCUGUCACACCGACCAGCUCCGGUGUCUCGACAAGGCGGCAAUCAUGGAGCAUGGCGACGCGGGGCUGCGCCGGACGUGGCUGCUGGCGACGGUGACGCAUGUGGAGGAGACGAAGCUGGUGGUGUCGAUGGUGCCCAUCUGGGUGGCCACGCUCCCGUUCGGCAUCGCGGCGGCGCAGGUGUCCACCUUCUUCAUCAAGCAGGGCAUGGCCAUGGACCGCCAUCUCGGCCCACACUUCGUGCUUCCGCCGGCGUCCAUCUUCGCGCUGGCCGCCAUCGCCAUGAUCGCCACCGUGGCGCUCUACGACAAGGUGCUCGAGCCGUGCCUGCGCCGCGCGACUGGGACGGAGCGCGGGCUCAGCGUCCUUCGUCGUAUCGGCGUCGGCAUGGGGGUCGCCGUGGUGGCCCUGGCCGUGGCCGCGGUUGUCGAGCGUCGCCGCCAGCACUCCACCGCCACCAUGUCGGUGUUCUGGCUGGUGCCGCAGUUCGCGCUGAUGGGCGUGGCCGACGGGUUCGCGCUGGUGGGCCUGCAGGAGUACUUCUACGACCAGGUGCCGGAGACGAUGCGCAGCCUGGGCAUCGGGCUGUACCUGAGCGUGAUCGGCGCCGGGAGCUUCCUGAGCAGCCAGGUGAUCGCGGCGGCGAGCCGCGUGAGCUCGCACGGCGGGCGGCAGGACGGGUGGUUCGGCAAGGACCUGAGCCGGAGCAGAUUGGACCUCUUCUACUGGCUGCUCGCCGGCAUCUCCGCCGCCAACCUGGGCUUCUACGUGCUCGUCGCCACCCGGUACUCGUACAAGGAGCAGACCGCGAAGGCCGGCAGGGUGGGCGCCGCAGGCGACGUCGAGUGCGCCAUCGCCGGCGCUGCUUAAUUUAAGCAUGAUGGAUGCAUGCCAAUGGCAUCAUACACAUAUAGAUCGUUCGUGAUAAUUAAGCUGUUGUGUGAUGAUUUAGUUCAGUUGAUAAACAUGUAUGUUUGUUAGUAAUCGAUCGAUGAUCGUGUGGUUUGGACUUCAGUAAGAAAUGGUUUCCGGACU